AUGGAAGAAGGUGACGGAGGCGCUCGUGUGACGAUCCGCCAGGCCGAGAGGGACCAUGUGGAUUUCAUCCUCAAGGACGUGGACCUUUCUAUGGCUAAUUCUAUUCGCCGAACCAUGCUUGCUGAGGUCCCUACGCUCGCCAUCGACUUGGUGGAAAUCGAUGUCAACACUUCGGUUUUGGCAGAUGAAUUUUUAUCGCAUCGUCUUGGUAUGAUUCCUUUGAACAGUGAGGGAAUCGAUAAUCUUUCGUACUCGCGGGAUUGUACUUGCGACCAAUAUUGUCCAAAUUGCCUGGUAAAAUUGGAACUCACUGCCAAAUGUGACAGUGACAGUACCAUGAGUGUAUACGCCACUGACUUAGCCAAGUUCCAUAAUGGGUCCAAACUCGGUGACCCGGUGGUCAGAGACCACCACCAGAGGGGCCCGUUGAUAUGUAAGUUGAGAAAACACCAGGAACUUCGUCUCACUUGUAUUGCCAAAAAAGGUAUUGCAAAAGAACACGCAAAAUGGUCACCAUGCGCCGCUAUAGGGUUUGAAUAUGAUCCAUGGAAUAAGCUCAAACACACCGAUUACUGGUACGAAAUCGACGCCGACAAAGAAUGGCCCAAAUCUGCCAAUUGUGAAUGGGAAGAAGCACCAGAUCCAGAUGCACCUUUUGAUUAUACUGCUAAACCGUCUACUUUUUAUAUGGACGUGGAAACCGUGGGAAAUCUUCCUCCAAACGAGGUGGUUCUCAAAGGUAUUGAGACUUUGCAGUUGAAACUUGCUGGUAUUGCCAUGGAACUCAAUAAGGACAGUAUAGAAGCAAGCAAUGCUACUUCGGGAGGAUUCACCACCUAUGGAAGAUCUCCAGGAGGAAACACGCCCAUGGGCGACGCUUACGGCGGCAAUGGCUUCGGCAACUCCACCUGGGGUUGA